AUGUCUUCUACCUUUCCUUCCGUACAGUCCUUCUUCCAGCCCACGUUUGCAUCAAUAUCGCGGAGCGGCUCGAGCUCGGAGCUAGGAAAAGACCUGACUGGCGAUGGCUUCUCAGCAGAAGACGUUAACAGCGUGAUCAACCCACCAGUAAACACCAAUUGGACACCGACUCGCGACUACGAAGAGACUGACAUUGCCGACCUUGUGCCUGGUCCGAGAUGUGUGACGUUCAUGGGCAGGAUAGUGAACGUAUUCGAUCUGGUCACGCCGAGUAAGAAGCCCAAGGCGGCCAAAGGGUGCUUGAAGAUGGUGCUGAGGGACGAUACCGGCACUGUCACGGUCCGCUUAUGGUAUGCAAAGACUGUGUAUACGCUUCGUCUCGGACAGCUUGUCAGUGUGUGGACACAGCACAUCUCCAACGGUGAUCAUGCCAGUCUUGCCCCGAGCAACGCACCGCUCUUUGCAAGCGUGUUUCCUGAGAGAGAACGAUUGUGUCACAUCAUGGUGCAUGUCCGCAGUGACGACGGACGGCUCUGCAAAAUUCCAAAAGGCUACAUCGAGGGACAGCAUCUGUCGAAGCUCAUGACGCUGAGGUCCUACCUGGACGGCGGCCACGAAGUCGAGGAGGGAAGAGUCCUCGUAUGCGUAGAGAGCAUAGGCGCAAAGAAGACUAUCACAAACAAACAAAACACCACAACAACCCUCACCCCCCUCACAAUCUUCGACACCACAACCUCCUGCACCCUCACCCUCUUCGCCCACGCCCCCUCCUCAACCCCCCUCUUCCACCCCUCCCACACAAUCCUCCUCCUCACAUCCCCAUCCCUCCACCUCUCCCCCAACUCCACCCCCUCCCUAACCCUCUCCCAAACCUCAACCCUCGACAUAAACCCUGCAAUCCCAGCAACAACCCACCUCCGCACCUACGCCCUCCACCGCGCCAUCCAAUCCCACAUCAACCCUCCCUUCCCACCCCAGCACAUCUUCAACAUCCACGCCGCCGCAUCCUCGGCCCUCAGAAUCCGCUAUACCCUCGCUGACAUCGACGCCGCGGCUCGUGCGAACCCCGCUGAUACACUGUCUGGCUAUGUCAGCGUGCUUAUCUCGCGUGUCUGUCUUGUGCGGCUCAGGAGGCGGUGCAUGCUUAUGUGUGCUGCUUGUCCGCGGUGUGGGGUCGGGGUGUAUGCUUCUGCGGUUGUGGCGGCUUGUUCGCGGUGUGAGGAGGAUAAUGAUGAUGAUGACGGUGGGCAGGGUGUUGCGCUGGCGCUGAAUCCGGAUGUGCUGGGCGAGGUGGUUGAUGAGACAGGGUGUUUGCGGGGUGGGAAGGCUGUGUUUUCGGAGGAGGCGUGGGGGCAGUUGUUUGGGCGGUCGGUGGGGGAGUUGGUUGGGUGUGAGGUGGAGGUGUUGAGGUAUUUGGAGGAGAGGAUGGCGGGGGUGCGGGUUACGCUUUGUUUUGGGUGGGUUGGGGGUGGUGGUGGUGGUGGUGGUGGUGGUGGGUAUGGACGUGGGGAUGGAUAUGGAGAGGGGGAGGGGGUAGGGAGGUUGCUUGUUUGGGGGGUUAGGGCUUGA